AUGUCUGUGCGGGGCAACGCACGCAGACCCGGGAGGUGGCUCCGCCGGCUCCUCAUGGCUUCUGGGGGCCUUUGCCUGGCCCUCCAGGCCGCGCCCAGCUUCACCGGAGUGGCACAGCUCUCGAGGACACUUCCGACACAGAGGUACGCUGCAUCGAAGGGCUUCGGCGACAGCGAGGCAGCUCCGGAGAAGAAUGCGAAGGAGGCUGGUAGCGGGAAGAAGACUAGCAUCAUGAAGAACAAGAAGUCUUCAAAGACGAAGGCGCUGACGAAGCAGCGCCUCAGUGACCUGCGAGACAAGACUUUGGCCCUGCGACAGAAGCGCGAGGAAGAGCUCGAUGAAUACGAGAUGGGGAAAGCUAUGAUCGCAAAGUACGGCCGCGAGGUCGCCGUGAUGCCACCACCAGUCGCAGAGCGUGUAGCGAAGCGAGGAAUGGUCAUCGGAGGCUCCUUCUAUGCCACCAUGCUCGCGGUGUUUGGAUUUGGAAUCGUCCUUUUCAAGACUCAGGAGAUCAUCAUACCGCCAACUCUCAUGGCAUUCGUGACUCUGGCGCUCCUGGCUCUUGCCAUCUUCGGUGGUGCCUACGGCAUGAUGUCUGCCAGCUGGGACCCUGACAAGGAGGGCAGCGCGCUGGGUACGGAGGAGUUCUCGGAGAACAUGCAGAUCCUGGGCGAGGGCUUCAGAAAAGCAACUUUGGAAGAGGAUUACGAGAAGGCGCUGGAGGCUCGGAACGAGAGGCGCAAGCUUCUCGAGGCCAAAGAGAAAAAGAAAACCGAGCUCCUCAACAAGUGA